UGUAAACAAUGAACAUCAAAUAGGUUUUUGAAAAGAGAAUUUAUCAGCUGCUUGAAUUGGUGUGAGUGAGAGCUGCUGCCCAGUCCAGUCACUAGCGGAACAGUCAGGUGCUGGACGUCCGUCCCCUCAGCUGCCCAGCAUCCCUCAGCUGCACAGCGCCCCCAGGCGAUGCUCAACAAAUUACAGGCUGCCUUUACAACUCUCACUUCAUCCAGUGCCACCAAUGAAUCAGGUCUUCACUGUUCUCAGGUGUCCUUUCGGUUCAUCAGUGUAAAGUUAAUAAUCAACACUGUAUGAUCCAUAUCAGGCCAUAUCAUGAACUUUGCUCUGGAAUUGUUCUUUUGUGUUCGUCUCUGAUCGGCUGCAACAGAGCUAAAGGCACCUUUGUAAAAUGUUUUGAUGUCCAGCUGAGAUUAGUGAUGGCGGCCAGUGCAUCAAUCCCUCCAUAUCCCCCUGAGAUCAGACUUGUCCUGCUGGGGUCUGUAGAUGAAGGGAAGAGAUCCGCUGGAAACACCAUCCUGGGAAGAGAGGAGUUUAGCUCUCAGAAAACUGCUGAAUGUGUGACAAAACAUGGAUGGGUGGGACCAAGACAGGUCACUGUUAUUAACACACCAGGCUGGGGCAGAGAGCAGCGUCUUUCUCAAACCCCUGUGAAUGUUAGACAGCAGCUUUUGCAGAGUGUGUUUCCUCCAGGAGCCCAUGCUCUCAUCUUGGUCAUACGGGCAGACAGGAAUUUCACAGAGUCCAACAGGGUAGCACUGCAAGAUCAUAUGGAGCUUCUUGGGGAGAGGGUGUGGGAUCACACCAUUGUGCUGUUUACAUGUGUAGACUGGCUGGGUGAUGCCCCCAUUGAGAAGUUCAUUACUAGUGAGGGCAUGCCCCUCCAGUGGGUUGUAGAGAAAAGUAGCUAUAAGUAUUAUUGCAUCAAUAAUAGCGACAGAGCAGAUACCACCCAGGUCUCAAGGCUGCUUGAGAUGAUAGAGAUGGUGGUGGCAGGAAACCAAGGCCAUUUUGAACUUGACAGAGAGACAUGUGAGAGAGAGAAAGAACGUGCAGAGGAUCAGAAGAAGGCAAUACAAGUGAUGCAACAGAGGGCCCUGGAAAUGAGGAAGAGUUGGCACACUCAACCGCCAAUCAUGAGACGUCAGAGUUAUCUUCUGAACCCUCCUAAAAUGUCAGGAGGAACAUAUGCUGAUAUCAAGGACAUGAAAAUUGAGGUAUCUGCAGAGGAACCUGGAGCUUAUUUAACGCCACCCCUUACACCCUUUACCGACAGAUGUGAUAGUAUGUCCCCACCACCUUCAAUGUCAGGAGGAACCCAUUUUUUUCUGUCUACUGGAGAACAUGGGGAUUUAACACAACACCCUACACCCUCUUCUUACCACAACCAGAGUAAGCAUAGAAUAGGUCCAAAACUUGUCCCUUCAUAUGACCAACACAGUUGCUCACCUGGGGAUGAUCCCAUAUUAUCUUGUCACUUUCCCUCUAAAACCAAUGCUGUUGUCAUGGAGAUCAGGUGGUUUAAAGGCACAGACUGUAUCUACCUGUAUAAAGAUGGCCAGGAGAGAGAGGGGAGGGGCUAUGAGGGCAGAGUAAGUCUCAGCAAGGGAAAGCUGAAGAAGGGGAGCAUAAAUCUGACACUGAGAAAAAUCCAGCAAAACGACAUUGGAAACUAUGUCUGCCAAAUCCUCCAUGAGCACGGCUAUGAGUGUGCCUUUCGGAUAAACUACAGUCCCUACAACAACAAAUUUGUCAUCUAUCCAGGACCACACAUUGCUGAUGAAGACAGGGUGAAAAUGGAGGCAUCUACCCAGGACCUUGUCUCAGGAGGACCGCAGAUAGUUGAUCAGGACAGGAUGCAAUUGGAAGCAUCUACCCAAGAUUCUGGGUCCAGCGCAUAUUUGUCCACCUUUUGAUCAGUCAUGCAGAAGACCCAGAUGGUCGCCCCUUUUGUAGUUGGAUUUUCUUCAGUGCAUGUGCUUUUACAAAGAGGAAUUUUGUAUGCGGUCUGAAAAUGUGUUUGACUAUGUCAGUUAUUAUAUAGCUAUACAAUAAAAAAGAUUCUGUGUACAUUUCCUAAUUUAUCUCUUGAUGUACACUACCAGACAAAAGUGUGGGGUCACUUAGAAAUUUACAUUCCACUCCAUUAUGUAAGGGAUAAUGGGCGUUCGGUCGACAGAAAUAAAUGUACGGUUGAAGUGGUAAAAGCAUUGUUUUUUUAAUCAGGGCAGCAGUUUUCAGAUUACAUUAUGUGCUUGCAUAAUUGCAAAAGGGUUCUCCAA